UGUCUUCACUAGAAGGAACGAAAAUCACUAUACCACAUUGUUAGUGAAAGAUUUCCUCCGAAAAUUUUGAUAAAUAAUUGAUUAUUACAACUAUUCAUCAUACUUUACAACCAAACCAAACCAAACACCUAUUCUCUCACUUUCUCUGUCUCUUUCUUCAUUAAGUGCUUUUUGUGAAUCAAUUUCAGAUGUCACAUACUAGGCAAAACAAGAUGAUGAGUCCAAACGUUGUUCCUAGACAUGUUGGUGACACAACUUAUACUAAGAUUUUUGUUGGUGGAUUGGCUUGGGAGACUAAAAGAGACACACUCAAACGUUAUUUUGAUCAGUUUGGUGAUAUCUUAGAAGCUGUUGUCAUCACUGAUAGAGCCACUGGAAAAUCAAAAGGAUAUGGCUUUGUUACCUUCAAGGAUCCAAAUUCUGCAAUACUUGCUUGCCAAAAUCCUAAUCCUGUGAUUGAUGGAAGAAGAGCUAAUUGUAAUCUUGCAUCUCAACAAUCUGAUUCAGGAAAGCAGAAAAUCAAUAGUCCUUCGUGGACUAAUGCACCAAUCCAAUUACAAGGUUCAUCCAUAUAUUACAAUCAACAUGUACCUCAAUAUGCAUAUCCUUAUCCAGUUUACAGGUACCCUCAACCUGGUUACCUUCGUCCACAAGACAUUUAUGAAAUGAGCUAUAAUGCAUAUGGUGGACCACAAUUUCCAUAUCGUUGGAUUCCAGCAUAUUACCAACCCUAUUAUGGCCUUAGUAGACAAUUAAUUCCAACAACAUUAGUGAAAAAGACACAAUUCCAUGAUGUUGUUGGCAUAUCAGGAACUAUUUCACCUUCUACUUCAAUUUCUAGCAUUGGAGCUGCAACAAGAGUGGUAGAAUCACCCAAAGAUCAAACAUCUUCAAGUUAAGUGGGUGGUGGGAUUGGUCCCCUCGGAUUAGUCGAUCCUAGGGCCGGAUACAGAGUUUUUAAAAACAAAAAAAAAGGAGGUGACUCCAUCAAUUGACUAGAGGAAAAAGUUUUGAGAAAAUGUUCAAUGAUGUGGUCUAGGAAUGUAACUAUAUAGUUCAAGCAAGAACAUGUUGAUGUGUUACAUCCACAGAAUAGGUGAUCUUAGAGACCAGUCACUGAUGAAAUAAAUUAUAAUUUCUUUAUAGACUUUUUUUUUAAGCAA